GCCCGACCUGGUAUGGAUGAACCCAUUGGCCGCCGUGCUUUCUCUUUGCAGGUUGACGAGAGUUAUUGAACUUCGUGUUUGAGUACUAGUAGCAUUUCUGUUCACCGCUGCCACGUCGGCAACUUUCUCUCACCUAAAACUUUCAGCAAAAGUCUGGCAGUAACCUACCAACUUCGCUGCCCAACCGGCUACCUUAUUUCCUCUGCGUACGCUAGAAGUCUGGCACACUGAUACGGCACCGCACCAAUUUUUGUUUUGUUUACCGGGCAAGGCGCAUUGCGAAUUCGUCGCACCACCACAUUACUGCCUAAGAUGUCGGUUGUCUCUCUCCUCGGGGUUAACGUGCUCAACAACCCCGCCAAGUUCACCGACAAGUACGAAUUUGAGAUCACCUUCGAGUGUCUGGAGCCGCUGCAGAAGGAUCUCGAAUGGAAGCUCACGUACGUUGGCUCGGCGCAAUCCGACCACUAUGAUCAGGAGCUAGACUCGCUGCUGGUCGGCCCGAUCCCCGUGGGCAUCAACAAGUUUGUGUUUGAGGCCGACCCGCCCGACACGAAGCGCAUCCCCAUCGACGAGCUGCUCGGCGUGACCGUGAUCCUACUGACGUGCGCCUACGACGGCCGCGAGUUUGUGCGCGUCGGCUACUACGUGAACAACGAGUACGAGAGCGAGGAGCUCGUCAACGACCCCCCCGCCAAGCCCGUCUUCGAGAAGAUCCGGCGCAACAUCCUCGCGGAGAAGCCGCGCGUGACGAGGUUUGCUAUUAAGUGGGAUUCCGAAGCCUCGGCCCCACCUGAGUUUCCGCCUGACCAGCCAGAGGCCGAUCUCGUUGCCGAUGAGGAAGAGUACGGUGCCGAGGAACUUGCCGAGGAGGAGGAUGAACUCGUUGAGGAGGGCGCCGUAAACGGCGGAGAGUCCGCGGAAAAGGACGCCCGGAUGGAUGGCGUCGAGGGCGCUGAGGGAGAGCAGGGCGUUGAGGAGGACGAACUUUCUGAUGAGGGUAGCGUCGACAUUGAAGGCGAAAGUGAAGACGAGCUGUUGGAGGAGGAGGACGAGAUGGUUGAGGGAGAAGGCGGAGGUGAGGGUGAUGGGAUGGACGUUGAUGAACCCGAGCCCGCUGCUGGUGCGGUACAUAAGCAGGGGGAUGCCAUGGUGCACUAGAUGGACAUCAUGCUGAAUUAGAUCGGCGGCGGCGGAUGAGGCAACUUCGUAUGGAUGCUUCAAAUCAUUGCCAGGGAUAUCGUUUUGCAUGGGGCGAAUGGGGGGUUUGGAGGCGGUCAUGUUCAUACCCUCGGCGUUCUAGAUACAAGUGGGAGAAUACACCUGUUAGUCAUGACA